ACCAUUAACAAUAUCCCAUCCUGGAAGUGCUUCAGGCCUGGACCGUCAGAACUUGAUGAGAAUCAAAGUGAACAGGAUUGCCCUGAUACAGGAGUUACAUGUGGAGCACAUUGUACAGUAUCUUGUGAAGACGGGUGUGUUAAAUGGAGCCGACCUAAAGCACAUUGAGAGAGGAAGUAUGCCGCCAGACAGAACUAGGCUUCUUCUGGACUUGCUAGCUUCAAAGGGCAAAGAUACAGAGUGGUACAAACACUUCAGGAACUCCCUACUAAACCCUGAUGCCAGCCCCAUCCUAUCUAAAAGGUACAGAUGUCUUGUGGAGUUCCUGGAUAACACUAUCAUCCACAGACCAACCUCACAGGGCAAUCUAUUCCGGGACUUCACUUCUCUGCCAGCCUCCAAACUGCCAAACCCAAGUUCCUUUCACCACUACAACACCCUGCCUCCCAUACAAAGGAAUGGAGAUGCCGUCAACCCUGCCAAACAUGAGAGGAAAGUCUCACCAGACAUCCUCAAAAUCCACGAUGGCGAUAGCAGCGAUUUUCUCAGUCCUAGAGAUCCACAGGGAGAUUCUAAAGAUGAGGCCAUGGACCAUGAAGAGGAAGGCAUUGUAAACCCAAGCAGUUCCCCAAUAGUUAAAGGUUACAUCCACCACUGGGUGCCAGUUCCUGCAAACUUCAGUCACUCUCUUAUCCCAGAGCCUGAUGACUUGUUUAGGUCUCUGGGGGAUUCUCCUCUGGCUGAGGACAAAGCACAACUGCACCUGGAGCGUCAGGCUCUGAAGACAGCGCGCAGCUUGGAGCUGAUGCAUCAGCUGCAGCGUAAGAAGAUGCUUCCUCACAACAUGGAGAUUAUUCAGAGCGAACCCGCCCAUGACCUUUUGGCCAGCCCUGACCAAUUUCACCUCUAUGCCAAACACUUCACGCUGCUCCUGCAUAACCACGGUGUCAAUCUUCUCCAUGACCUUGCCAACUCUUUCCUCGUCGUCCUUAAGGCGCUCCAGCCCAGUGACAAUAUCAACAAGAUAGGGGCGACAAUCAAGCAAGGACUCGACCUAACUGACCUUUUUUCAGAGCUUAACCAGAGCAAGGAGGCAGAGCAAACCCUGAUCUCUGUGCUUGGUUUUCUGAACAGACAUCCCAGGCUUGAAACUGUGAUGGCUACAUAUAAAGGUUAUAUAAAGUUAAUGCAUCUUAUGAACAAGGAAUACAAUUUGAGGAGUACAAGCAUCGCCUACUUCCGGAUCACAGAGGUGAUUUGGCAGAUCGAGAAGAUGUCCUUUGGUCAAGAUCUUGUGGAGAAAGGAGAGAUGUAUUUGGAGCUAAGUCACAUGAUGCUUGAGAGUGGAAGUGUUAAUUCUGCUUACAGCUGGGCGUUCAAAUCUUUACAGCAUGUGUCUGCCGAGGAGAAGACGAGUGUAAUUAAUGUGUUGUGCAAUGCUGUCAUGGCAUACUGCAGUAAGUGGAACAUUAAGAGGGCUGAACAGUUAGCUGUACAGGCCGUUCAGCUAUCCAGGGAAUACUUUGGCAGCCGGCAUCCCAUGUACCUGAAGGCUUUGUUGACAUACUGUUACUACUCUAAUGAGUUUCGUCAGGAUGAUUCUGGUGUGGAAAUAGCUCGGCAUACCCUACAGGUGGCCAGAAUAACAUACGGAAUAGAGACGCCCCAGCAGGCGCAUGCGCAUCGUGCUCUCUGCAAGGCUCUCAUUGUGGCACAGAAUUUCAAGGAGGAAGAAUAUCUAGAUCAUGCACAACGCGCCUUCAGCAUCAGUCAGGCCUGUUACCCUCCAGCCCACCCAGCCAAGUACCUGUUCCACUUUACGCUGGCCUAUGCCCAGUACUGGAAAGCUCUGCAGCUUCCACCCAGUGAGCAGGAGGCUACGUUGAGCUUAGCCCUCCAGGAGAUCUCUCAUGCACACUCACAGGUGUUACAGCAUUUCGGGGACCUCUGUCUGCGGCAUGCCCAGGUCCUUGCUCUAAUGGCACAGAUCUCCAUCAAGAUGAACAAAUUUAAGACAGCGGAGUCACUGCUGGUUACCAGUGACAAAAUCCUGAGCCUGUGUUUGCCAUCUCAUAGUAACUACUUGCUGGUUACCCAGGCAACACUGGCUAUGUUUUAUGCUAUGGAUCCAGUUGGAAAGGUGGAAGAUGCCAAAAUUCUUCUUCAAAAGGUCAUCAAAGAAUUAGACUCUCCUGGUGUACUGGUUAACUGGGUCGUAUUUGCAUUUGAUCAUCUAGUUGCUCUCCACCAAUCAGCUGGUGAGCAAAAGGAAGCUGCCAUAAUAGAGGCUCAGAAGGAGGAAUGGGUGGCCAACAAUCCUCCACACACUUCGAAGAUCACCCUCCCAGUACUAAUGGAACCUCCCAGGCCAUAUGCAGAAUUCCUGGCCGAUUUUAACAUUUGGCAGAAACGGGUAGACAGGUGGAAAGAAGCAAAAGAAAGCGAAGAGUGUUGCCAUUUGUGAAAUAUAUUUUUGUACAGUUUGAGAAAAGCUCUGUCGAGAGUUAUUUUUUUUUAGAGUAACUACUUGAUUUUUGUGCACACAGCUUGGUAAUGUAUUAAAGAGCAAUGCAUAGAAGUAAUACAGGUUUGUCAAACAAUACAUGUAUUUGAAUGGUUCCAUCGGUCAGACUCCGUUGCUGAUAAAAAAAAAAAACGAUAAAGGCAACAGCUAUAGUUCAGUUGGAUUUUUGACUCCACAUUGUGUUACAGUAUGUCCCCGUCUGUGUUGGAAAGAAUGCGAUCUGUCAGUUGUGGCGCUUACACGUGUAUGAUACCAAUAAAAAAAUAAAAUAUAGCUCUCAGGGACAGCGAUGCCGGGGUUCAAGUCAGUAUAUAGGUGCCUGUCUGUAUUCUUUCGUUACAUUUGAUGUCCUCUGCUUUUUAACACACUUCAACAAGUUUCAGCAAACAUACAGAUAUAGUGCAUAUACAGCACUUUGAACUCUGAGAUUUUCAGGGUUCACACAACUCGCUGGUGUAAAUUAUUAUUAGUGAGUUGAAGGGGAUAGGAAAUAUUAACAUGGUGGCUGUGGAAAUUGACUUAAACAACCAAUAGCAAGCUACUGCAUUUCUCAACCAAUUUGCAGGAAAAUUGCAAACAUGAUAUCCCCAGUUGUCUUAUAUAUGCGUAUCGAUUGUUAAUGCAAUCGGAUCAGCGGCUCUGGAGAAGACCUCUUUUUUUUUUAAAUUUCCAUACUUCCCCAAUAUGGCUGUUGAGUGAGUCUCAAGUAGGUAAAGUUUUUUACUCCAGCAAGUCUAGGUCAAGCGAUUUGGUGAUGAACGUGUGUAAAAAAAUUAACAACUGCAGUGCACAGUUUUCUCACCAAAACUAAAGGCCUAGUGCAGUAGGGAUUCAACACAUACAGUAGGGAUUCAAGCCUAAAUGAUUUGAUGGCCUAAUGAAUAAAUAUACAUGCAUACCCUAAUGCCUCAACCUUUUCACAUUUGAAAGAGAGAGAGCAACUUUUAGAGCAAUUUACACACAUUUAUAAUUUGAUUUGGGAGACAAAAGUACAUUAGUUGGAUUGGCCGGUAUUUGGGCUUCAACAAAAAGCAUAAUUUGACUCAGUCUACUCAUUUGACUCAGUCUACUCAUUUGACUCAGUCUACUCGGAAUAAUGACUUCAUAGUAUGCUUGAAUAAACACUUUGCAAACACGCAAGAAGGUUGAAGAAUUCCAGAACCAGAAUCAUUUUGGAAGGUUUUUACAAAUUUUUUUGUGAUUUUUGAAGGACCACUAUCUAAUAUAAAGAUUAUUAUUUUGUCUGUAUGCAAUGGAGCCAUAAAUUAGUUUAAAUUAUAACAAAAAAAAAACUUUUACAGAGCUGGUUUAGCCUGUUAUGGUUGUUGACGGCUAUUGAUGACUAUUGAUGUACU